UCAUCAUUUAGAAUCACAAUUGAAAUUGGUAAUGAAGCAGAGUAGUAGGUAUUUGCUUGUGUAUGCAGCUGCUUCGAUCUUGGUUGCACUCUGGGCCGUAUACGACUCUCUUGAUAAGGCUGUAGACUACUUUACCCUAGCAGUGGAGCUUACUCAAAACUACAAACUUGGAAUUUUGCUCAAUUUGGUAUUACUUGUAUUCAUUGGGGUUGGACAAGCGUCUAUCAUUGGCUUGUUUGGAGCCCUACGGAUCCUUGAAAUAGAACAUGUGGUGGAAAAAUUACCCAUGUUCAUGGUCAAUCUUCUUUUCAAUUUGACCAUCACUGACAGCAACUUGAUCUUAAAUUGUUUAUUGUUAGGAUUGGCAGUUAUAUCCAAAAUUCAUCAUGUGAUCUUGGUCGAUAGGUUUGAAUUCAUCCAUAUUCGGUUGCUCAAUAACGCUGAAAACGAUCUGGCGUUGACCCGUGGUGACAUCAUUUCUCAGUAUUGCAAAUGUUGGUACUUUUGGUACAUACCGAUGUUUAUCAUUGGAGGGUUUACAACAGCAAAGUUUCUAGUAUAUGAUGUGUUUAAAGGGGUGAAUCUGGUUAUUUGCUUACUAUUUGGGUUCCAAUUUGCAGUGCAAGAGGUUGAAUUGUUGACCUAUUUUGGAAAGGUCUUGUUGAACAUGUAUGAGAUUAUAGUGUAUCGGGAAGUAGAUGACGAAGAAGAAGAAGAAGAAGAAGAAGAAGAAGAGGUGGAAGUUGAGGUAGAAGUGGAAGUGGAAGAGGAAGGGAUUGAGAUUGGUGCUGGUGGUGUAACAGAGUCUGAUAAUGGAGCUGAUGAUGAAGAUGAUGGUAAUGAAAUUGAUUUUGAUGAUGAUGAUGAUAAUGAAAUUGUAUGGGAAAAUAAGGCGUACUAUAUCAAAGCUAUUGACAUUGCGUCUGCCGUUCUCAAGGCUGUAUCACAUCUUGGAUUCAUUUAUCUCUUGAUGGUGACUUCAAACCUCUCACUCCCGAUAUCCAUGUUACUGGGGACUUAUUCGUCCCUUGUACAAAUAUAUAAAGAAUUCAGCCAAUUGUUGUUGUUCAUUGAGUCUUCCAAGAAAUUGGAUACUCUUCUCCCCAAUGCCACCAGUGUUGACUUGGAAAGUGGCGAUAAUUUGUGUAGUAUUUGCCGGGAGGAUAUGCAUGCGGUGGAUGAAGGAUCAGAAACAUCCCAUAAGCAAGUCAGCGCUCGGAAAUUCCCCAAGAAAUUGCCCUGUGGGCAUAUUAUUCAUAUGGGAUGUCUUAAGGAAUGGUUAGAAAGAUCUGAAUUCUGUCCCUUAUGUAGACGGAAGGUGUUUGUUUCUGCGGCUGAUAUUCUGAGAGAACAUGAAAAUGAAUUGGUUCAAGCAGCACAACAAGAAUUAAGGGCUAGUAUUAGUGCUGAAACUGGGACUGAGACUGGCGUUGAUGCUCGUGAAAUUGAAAGAAAUAAUGCAAUCAACGUUCAAGAAGAUGACCUUACAAGGAUUGAGGUCAUAUCAAUCGAUCCUACUCCUUCUUCAUCUACAUCCACCCAACCCACUUCUUCAUCUACAUUCACCCAAACUCAAACUAAUGAUGCGUACCAGAUAAUUCAUUUACCAAAAAAUGCAUUGCUUCCUCCAGAUUGGACUCUUUUGCCCAUUACCAAGAAAGAUGAUGAUUGUUAUCUUGUGGAUAUAACUAAGGAUUCACAGGCAACUUUGAGAGUUGUUUCUGAAGCAGAAAGAAGUAAUAUCCAAUUGCACACGGUGGUGCCUCGUGGAAAUGGGAGAGAAGAUACCCUGGCUAAUGAUAUAGUGAAGGAAUUAACAAAGGCUAAUAAGAUUAUGAGAGAACGGAUCCAGGAAAUGGAAUCUGUUCUAGAAGCGUUUAGAAACGAGAGAUAAAUAGGUUAUUAAUAUAAGGUGGGAUUAUAAUA